UCUGUGGUAAUUCUGGUUCCGGUUGAGUGUAGGCUGUAUGCGGCGUUUUCAUGUCCUACAAAAGUGUAUGAAACUGAGGAUUUUCACCGCUAAAGAUGCCUGCUGAAAGUCUGCGCUGGAGCACGCUGGAAGCCUUGAAGAACUCCCCCAAAGGGAGACUCAAGUACAGCCCUGACUGGCUUGAAAAGGGCGAGGACGUUUUGUCGGGGUGCAGCAUGCCCCCCAGCCUCCCUGCCAUUUCCGGCCUCAUAUUGACCAGACUCAGCCCCCAGUCCCUGCUGAAGCCCUGCUCCCUGGGCUCUCCUCUUCGUGACCGCAGCCCGGGCAUUUCUGCUGGUGCUCCCACCUCUGUCUCCUGCCCCACCAGCCCCAAGCUGUCGGCUGCAAGCCCCCUCUCCCCCCUCGCCCGCCUGCUGCGGCCUCCCGCCAACACAGAGGGGGAAGAAGAGCAGCUGACUGGGCAAUCGGUGCUUGAAUUUUCUGCCUGUCGAGGGCAACAACUCACUCCUCCUCCGGACCCCCUGCAGGAGGCGAGCAAUGGCGAGCCUGAGCUCAGCCCUGUCGCGAGUCCAACUCCUCCCCCAGCCAUCUCCCUGCUGUCUCCCCAGCUGACCCACAUGGCAGGAGGCAUCCGCAUCUGCGAGGAGCAGCACCGCGCCAAAGCCAAGGCCGAGCUGAGGCAGAGGCAAGAGCUCCAGGAGAAGCUGGUGGCAGCGGUGGCCAGUCGUGAGUUCGAGCAGCUUAAGCGAUUUGAGGAGUUAAUGGAGCUGAAGCAGAGACAGGAGUACCAGAGCAUGCGGGAUAUGAUGGAGAAGGAGGCCCAGGAAAGUAUCGGGCGCCAGGAGAAGCUGAAGGAGGAGCAGAGACAUCGAGCCAAGAUCCUUAACCUCCGCCUGCGGGAGGUGGAGCAGCAGCGCCUGCGGGAGGCGGAGCUCGAGCGCCAGCGGCAGGCCGAGGGCCGAGAGAGGCUGCGCGCUCUCAAUGCCGUCCAGGAGGAGGUGCUGCAGCUCAACCAGCUGCUAGAGGCCUCCACGCCCAACCAGGCCAGCCAUGUUCUAGACAUGACCUCCUACAGCACGCGCGCCAAUCAGCUCUGCUCGCAGGUGUCGGAGGUGGUACGCACCACAGCGGAGGGUAACUUCCCCAGCGUGGAGGACAUGGUCGUGGCUGAGCGGGCUCUCCAGGACAUGAGGCUGCUGAUCCGGGCCAUGCAGGAGGAGGCUGCCCGGGCACAGGAGAGGAGGCGACGGGAGGAAGAGGAGGAGGCACGCAGGAAGCAGGCGGAGCUGCAAGCAAAGCAGGAGGAGCAGAAGAAGAGCGCGGAACGGUCUGCCAAAGAGAAGAUCAGGAAGCAAGGGCUGCAGACCAAGGCUGAGGACAGCACCCUCAAAUGGCACCAGGAGUUACAGGACUUCGCUGACAAGUGUACACUGUCGUUUGAAGAGCUCAACAACACAAAGGACCUCCAGACUAAAAAACUGAAGAUGGAGCUUCAGAAAGCCGCCACCAUCCCAGUCAGCCAGAUCUCCAGCAUCUCAGGUUCCAAGCUAAAGGAGAUCUUCGAUAAGAUAGACAAGCUGCUGUGUGGUCGGCCUGUGCAGUCGGGGGGCAAGUCCGUGUCGGCCUCCCACCAUCCCAGUGGUCUCGAUUUUGUCAGCUAUAAACUGGCAGAGAAGUUUGUAAAACAAGGUGAAGAGGAGGUCGCAUCACACCAUGAAGCUGCAUUCCCCAUCGCCGUCGUGGCAGUUGGGCUGUGGGAGCUGCACCCCAAGGUGGGGGACCUCAUCUUGGCCCACCUGCAUAGGAAGUGCCCGUACUCCGUGCCCCACUACCCCCCCAUGAAGGACGGCACUUCAAUAGAGGAGUACCAGAGGAUCCUGGGAUACCGUGUGGAGGACUCUGGAGUGGAGGUCCAGGACAGUUUCCUGAAGAGAAUGUCCGGAAUGAUCCGCCUAUAUGCGGCUAUUAUACAGCUGAGGUGGCCCCAUGGGAACAGGCAGGGGGAAAGUCCUCAUGGCCUGAACCAUGGUUGGCGCUGGCUGGCACAGAUGCUGAACAUGGAGCCGUUGGCGGAUGUCACCGCCACCCUGCUGUUUGACUUCCUUGAGGUAUGCGGUCAUGCCCUGAUGAAGCAGUACCAAGGCCAGUUCUGGAAACUGAUCUUCCUCAUCAAGGAGGACUACUUCCCCAGGUACCUCACUGGCCCCUAACAGGGAGCCUGCUGUAGAUGGUAACUUCUCUGCCACAUAUAUCCAAAGAGUUAGAGAUGUUCUGCACAUGUAUCUUUAUAUAGCCAUGUGCUAACCCAAUGUACAAAAUCUUCUAUGCUGGUUUUUGCUAUGUGUCCUUCUUUCCUCCCAAGAUUUAAUUAGCAGACCUUUUUGUCCAAAGUGCCAUAAAGGUGAGGAAAAGCCUGGGGUCAGAGUGCAAGGUCAUCGGUGUCUCUGGAAUAGUUGUGGUUCAGGGGUUUGCUCAAGGCCCCAGAUAUUAUGCUGCUGGCCAGGUUUUCGCAUUGAAUGUGCAAAUACCUUACUCGGUGCAAUAUGAAGCAAGGUAGCUAUUAUGUGCAAAGAUUCAAUGAAAACAAUAUGUUCUUCCAAAGUGACAGCAGCCUUAAGUGCUCAAAUGGACAUAAACCAGGUGUCGUGAGGUGCGUUAGUUAGUGGACAGAACUUUUUCGUGCUGGAAUUUUAUUUCAGGAUGUGGGUUUGAGAUGCUUUUUGAAACGACAUGUGAAAUUAUUGCAGUGGGUUGUGGCUCGGGGGUUUAGGGUGCUGUGCUCGUGGGCAGAAGGUUGUUGGUUCAAACCCCAAACUCAGCAGUUGGGUGCUUAAGUAAGGUCUUUAAUCUAAAAAGCUCCAGGGAGUGUCUGAUGCUUUUUGGAUAAGUGUCUGCUAAAUAAAUAAAAUGUAAUAUGUUAAGUGCUCUUCCAUAAACAAUGUGUGCUCCUCGCGUGUCCAGGUUUGCCUUUCCUGGUACCUGAAUGCCCACAAGAGAUGGACAGAGGCUGAUGCCCUAAGAUGUUGUUACGGUUCCCCACUCGCAGGCCCUCAUGCCAUGUCUUAGCUACCUCAUUGUUUUUUGACAUUAUGAUUUGUGGCAACCCCCCCCCCCC